AUGCACUGUCGAAUAGACUCUAUCUCCUACGCGUUUGAUCACUUACGAGACUCCAUUGGUGCAUAUAUCAGAUUCCUUGAGAACAAAGAAGACAUUGCCGAGAUCCAGAAAUCCUUUGCAGGUUUAUGGAGCUUAGAAGACCCUCAUAUUGUUGGUAAAGCAAUUGAAAGUCCCGAGCUAUUUGUCAUGAAGCCCCAGAGGGAAGGGGAGAGAUCAGGAAAAGCACCUGGUGUCGGUCUGAUGCAUGCUCCGUUUGCUUUGUUGCAUCUCAUUCCCGCGAGUCAGUUUAGGGAGGCUUGCGAAUUAGCUCCUAUUUUCAAUGAGCUUGUCGAUCGUGUGAGUUUGGAUGGAAAGUUUUUACAAGAUUCAUUAUCCAGAACAAAAGAGGUGGAUGCUUUCACCUCUCGACUCGUAGAUAUCCAUUCCAAGAUGAUGGAAAUUAAUAAAAAAGAUGAGAUACGACUGGGUUUGCAUCGAUCAGAUUAUACGCUUGAUGAACAAACGACGUUACUGCUUCAGAUAGAACUGAACACCAUAUCAUCCUCAUUUCCGGGUCUUGGCUGUCUUGUUAGUGAGCUCCACAGGUGGCAAUGACACGGGUCCUUGCUCAGCCAUUAUGGCGAAACUCUUGGGUUAGAUCCCAGGAGGAUCCCUACCAAUGCUGCUGUGAGUCAUUAUGCAGAGGCCUUGGCCAAAGCUUGGAUCGAGUUCAAUAACCUGAAGGCCACUGUUCUGGUUGUGGUUCAGACAGAGGAACGAAAUAUGUACGACCAGCACUGGCUUAGCUCUGUCGUGAGCGAAAGACAUAAUGUGAGGUCUAUUCGGAAGACCUUAGCAGAAAUUGAUGCAGAGGGGGAACUUCAGCCUGAUGGGACGUUACUUGUAGGUGGAGUCCCUGUAGCAGUUUUUAUUUAUUUUAGAGCCGGGUAUACCCCAAAUGAUUAUCCUUCAGAAUCGGAAUGGAGAGCAAGGCUACUUACGGAAGAGUCAUCUGCAAUUAAGUGCCCAUCCAUAUCUUAUCAUUUAGCCGGCACGAAAAAGAUUCAGCAAGAACUUGCAAAACCUAAUGUACUUGAAAGAUUCCUUGAGAACAAAGAAGACAUUGCCGAGAUCCAGAAAUCCUUUGCAGGUUUAUGGAGCUUAGAAGACCCUCAUAUUGUUGGUAAAGCAAUUGAAAGUCCCGAGCUAUUUGUCAUGAAGCCCCAGAGGGAAGGGGGAGGGAACAACAUCUAUGGCGACGACGUGAGAGAAACCCUAUUAAGGCUGCAACGUGAAGGUAGUGAGGAGGAUGCUGCCUAUAUCCUUAUGCAAAGAAUUUUUCCGUCCAUUUCUCCCACAACUCUCAUUCGUGAUGGCAUUUGUUAUAAAGAUCACGCCAUGUCAGAACUCGGGGUAUAUGGUGCUUAUGUGAGGAAGAAAGAGAAUGUCAUCGUAAAUGAACAGUGUGGUUAUUUAAUGAGAACAAAGAUAUCAUCAUCACAUGAAGGUGGAGUCGCUGGUGGAUUUGCAGUUCUGGAUAGCUUAUAUUUGACUUGAGAAUUGAGGCGCUUGGAUUUCAGCUGUAUUCUCUUGUUGGACUCCUCAUUCUGAUAUCUAACGGGGAUUGAUGCAUGCUCACAAGACCUCCGAACAAGUUCCGACACCCCAUUGGAUUUGGAAACUUUGCGAAUUGAUAAAGUUAAAUUCCGAUUGAAGAUUUUUGAAUCGAGGAAGAAAUCGAGGGGAUUAAGGGGAUUAAACGUCUUCCAAUUUGUUGGCAAAAGUCGGCACAUGUCAGUGAAGACAAUACGUUAGAUCUGAUCUAAUGUAUUUUCAGUUGACGUUACAUGAUGAUCUGAAAGGUUCUCAGUGGGAUGUUGAUUUUUUAACUUUUUUUGACGAUUGAUUUUCUAACUUUGAGCGGUGGUAAUUCCAAGUUAUUUUGAAUUUUCUCUGAA